AUGCGUCAGAGAUUGGAACAAAAGCAACACGAACAGGAGCAAAACGAGAAAAAUCAAGAAACUCUUGUGGAAUCUCGCCGAUCAAAAGUAUCAAAGUCAUCAAUUCGCUUAGGUGAAGGAAGUGAGUCGCGACCUCCAGAAAAGGUUAUUUUACUUACCAAAGGUACAAAAAUACCAUGGUCCAACAUAAGUAGUAAGCAUGGCGGCUACAAAGCAAAUUCUUUGCGUGAAGCUGCACAAAAACUGCAGAUUGAAGGCCUCGGACAACUAUCUAAAGAAAGGAUUAAUGGUGCUCAUAAAGCAACAACAUAUUUUACAAAAACUCAAGUUAAUCCAAAUUCGGAUCCAAAAAUAGUUACUGAUUUUAUCAAUAAAUUAGCGAAAUAUAACGUUUCGUUUCAAAACUAUCUAUUAUCUUUUGAAACUGAAGCAGCUGUUACUAAUACAGAAAUUGAAUCUAAUUCUGACACGGACGUAGACGACAAUACUAUGGAUCUUUCACCUAGUGUUGAGGAUAAUACCUUAUCACCUCCACCACCUGCUAUUCCACCGCGUUUCCCCGUUGUAACAGCUGCUUCAGGAAAUAUAAAUAUGGGAUUUUUAACGCCACAACCACCACGAAAUUCUAAAACUGCUCAAUUUUUUAACACACAAGCGUCUAAUAUUAAUGCAACAUCUAGUAUCUCAUCUCCACAAAGACAUGCACCAUUAGUCGUCUCGCAAUAUAGAAAAAAAAAUCGAAUCGAACCUAUUGCCUUACCGAAUUCUCUAUUUGCAUCCCCAUUAAAACAUACUCCAUUGCAAUCGCAGGAAUAUCCAAUACAAUCGCAAGAAUAUCCAUAUCGCUCACAAUAA